AGUGCUAUCUGAAUUAAUGAGCAAACAACUGCAGCGACCCCGCUGGAAAGAACAGCUAGGCUAGCCGAUACUAGCUAAUUUCAACUUCAAUCACUGAAACAACUAUUAGCAACUUAUACAAGGCAAGAUAUGAUAUGCGAUCCCUUGAAUCACAUGACUCCCAUUGUAGCUAGCUAACAUUAGAUUAGCCAACUCGCAUGCAUGAAAAUGUUUUCGCCAAUACAGACUACGGCGUUGUGUGGUAAUCAUUAAAGGUAACAUUAGCUAUCUUCUUAUUUUUGUUCAAACCGCCUUGCGCAUUUCAUGCGACGAUAGUACGCUCGUUUAAGCUGCCAUUUGCUAAGGGGGAGAGGGGGUCUGUUUUGUUGAGUAAAAAAGUGACAGAGUGAAACAGAGUGCGAGAGGGAUCCGAGAGUGAAGCGGAGGGAGGCCCGAUCCAGGAAACGGCUAGCUGCAUAUUGGAGACGGCAACAUCAUGGCAAACAUCGCAGUCCAGAGGAUUAAACGGGAGUUCAAAGAGGUCCUCAAAAGCGAAGAGACGAGCAAAAACCAGAUUAAGGUGGAGCUUGUGGACGAGAACUUCACGGAGCUGAAGGGGGAGAUAGCGGGGCCGCCCGACACGCCGUACGAGGGUGGCAGGUAUCAACUAGAAAUUAAGAUUCCAGAGACGUACCCAUUCAAUCCGCCAAAGGUGCGGUUUAUUACUAAAAUCUGGCAUCCGAAUAUCAGUUCGGUCACCGGGGCAAUAUGUUUGGAUAUUCUUAAAGAUCAGUGGGCAGCAGCCAUGACGCUACGAACGGUGCUGUUGUCACUACAAGCCCUGCUGGCAGCAGCAGAACCAGAUGACCCCCAGGACGCAGUGGUGGCCAAUCAGUACAAGCAGAACCCCGAAAUGUUCAAACAGACGGCCCGGCUCUGGUCGCACGUGUACGCCGGAGCGCCCGCCUCCAGUCCCGAAUACACCCGAAAAAUAGACAAACUGUGUGCCAUGGGCUUCGAUAAGAAUGCAGUAAUAGUGGCUUUGUCUUCGAAAUCCUGGGACGUGGAAACGGCGACAGAGCUACUACUCAGCAACUGAGUCUGCACUGAAGGCCGGAACCCCUCCCCGACCCCUCGUCCUCCUCCUCCUCCUUCGCCGGUCCCUUCCUCCAUCCCUCCGUACAUUUUUUUUUGUCGGUUUUAUUCCUCCGUUUGUUACCACUCCCAAUCCACCCGUACCGUAAUCUCCACAGCCCCUCCCCCCCCGACCACCUCCACCCAUACCAGUCAGUCUACCCUCGGUUCAUCUUUUACACCACCUCUGUCCCCCUCCACCUCUUUACCCACCUACUCAAAGCCCACAGUCAAAUACACCGAUGCCCCUUUUUUUCCCCCUUUUCAUUUUUCGGUUUUUGCCUCCCUGUAGGAAUACGUUUUAGAUUCUCUUUCAGUGCAAGCGAAAGGAAAAUACUGUCACUGUUCAUCUGAUGAUGCAUAAUCUAGCUGGGGGGGAAAAAAACGGAUAAAAUGCAAACCUCACACCCACAACUACAAUCACACAAAAGAAAGAGUUCAUCUGUAUAUAAAGUUAUUAAAGUCUGUGUAAAUUAAAAAAAGGACGUGGUGAAAUAUUUUAAGUUUUUUUUUUCCCUCAGUACUGUAAAGUUAUGAACUUCACCUGUGUUCAUGGAAAAAAAAAAAAAAAAAACUCCCAACCAAUGGUAAGCAGAGUGACCGUUACUUGUUGCCAUAGGGACUGUGGCAUGGGCAGCCAGUGUGCCUGUGUUCGUAGCUGAGGGCGGUGGUACCGCGACACUUUGGCAGAGACCAGUACCGGGCCUCUGUGGGCUCGAACCCAAGCUACUCCUUGGCAUGAAAGAAACUGGAUCAUUUUGCUUCCUGACUGGUUUUAACUUGAAAACGCUGCCACUCCGGUGCUUUACCAACUCACGUGUAACUUGUGUUCCUGUGUGGAGCUAGCACCGUUUGACCUCGUUCACCAGGUUUGUGUGUGCAGGAAAACCAGUAUCCCCCCCCCCCCCCAUUUAACCCGCCGAAGGUCGACUGUUCAGGUUAAAUUCACCGUGUCUGUACUGUAUGGUACAGUAUUGGGCAUGUUCCAAGUUAAGCCUAGCUGGCCCACCACUGUGCCGGUUGCCAUGGAGAUUGCGUCUGUGGCCCCCUUCCUGUGACAUGAUGGAAUGUUCCGCUCUGUAACUGCUCCACUUGCUAGUGCUAUUAGGCAGUAACGGCGUUGCUUGUUUUGCGUUUGAAGAAAGGGGUCGCCUGCCUCUUACCACGUCCUGCAUUCAUCUAAAUGCUGUGCAAGAGGCCAGAUAGUGCUGAAAAUACUUUUCAUUAACUGUUUUUUUUUUUUUUAAAGAGGUGUGGUUUGUAUUUCUUAGUUUGCCAUGUAAGGAAUAGUUGUGCUACCUUCACCCAUUUCACACACAAUGGCCACACUAUCUCGUGCCCUGUUUUAGCUAGUGUACGCUAGCACAUAUUUAGCACUUCAAAAGUCUGUUUUGCACUGGGUGUUCAAAACCAAGUGAACCUGCCUCCAAAAGGAGUAGAUGGUAUUAAUUCCUUAGGCAGAUCAUUCAUCCAACAGUGAUUUAUAGGACUGGUUCUUUACCACAAAAGCGAACAUGUUGCCCAGUAUGUUUUUCUGAUCAUUAUUCUAACAAUCUAAAAGGAAAACAAGUUUUAAGUUGAACUGACCUUUUUUCAGAACACAAAAAGAUGGAAACCACUCAUUUCUUCCGAGCCCCUCGUUCUUGCACAAUAUAGAACGUUAAGAGGACCCUAGAGAACGUUCCCUCACCUGGGCAAAUAUCAAUUCCCGAAUCCUGCUGUGGCAGCUUCAUACCAGUGAUAAAAGGUUCCCCCAAGGUUGUGCGUGUUGCAAGCUUUGAGGAGGCCAUUUUACUGCCAUCAUUUUAGAACCGGACACGGCGAGUACAAGUCGCGCAAUUUCAGUGGGAACACAGCGCAAUGGGUUUAGUUUUGAGUUGCUCAUGGACCACUGAACCACUUGCCCUCAGCUGGUACCAGAAUGUGGCUCUGGGGGCAGGAGAGGGAAGACUCUCAACCCCAUCUUCACGCCCUCCAUCACCGGCCUUCUCCCCAAUUUCCCGCUCUCGCCCAGUAGCCCCCUAAAUGUACAUACCCAACAACCCCAGCCUUGUGCUUGUACAGAGCGGGGCGGGGAUGGAAGAACAGACAACUCGAUUCCUCCUCCCAUGUAUAUACAUACACCCAUAUGUCCUGUCCAUAUUUGUGACAUUUCAUCUUAGAAUGCACCACUGAUGGCUGGAAUUAUUUUUGGUUAAAAAAAGGAAAUAAAAUUACAAAAAAAAGAGGGGGGGGGGAAUUAUG